CGCACUACUAGUAAACUUCUCGAGCCUAUUCCUCUCCACAAUUACAAAUGGCUCCAAGAACCUCCCUUGCACUCUUCCUUUCUCUCAACCUUCUCUUCUUCACUUACGCCUCUGCGGCUUGUCCUAGAGACUCCCUACAGCUCGGUGUUUGCGCCAAAGUACUCUUGCAAGUGGAGCUAAAAUUUAACACAUCUUUAAAGCCAUGCUGCUCUCUCAUCCAAGGCUUGGCUGACCUUGAUGCUGCUGUAUGCCUCUGUGAUGUGCUCAAGACUAAGGUUCUUGGAACACCUCUUAACCUUCCCCUCAAUCCCAGCGUACUCCUCAGUGUUUGCGGUAGAGAAGCUCCAAACAACUUCCAGUGCGCGUAAGUUGAAUGGGUGUUUAUGAUGAACCUAUCUUCUUAUCUUCUUGUUUUAUGUUAAGGUGGUUUUUUUUUUUUUUUUGUAUUUUUCUUGAAUUCGUUUUCAUGCAAAUAUGCAAUAAUGGAUAUAAUGCAUGGGUUUGUGUAUGCAUGUAAUCGGCAAGUUUGUACUCCUUUACUUCAUUGUUCCUCUGUCCCUUCUUUGUAAUUAUUUUUUUUCGAAUUUGAUAUAAUAAUUUCACUUCUUACUA